AUGGCAUACAACCAGGAGCCUCUAGACAAGACCCCUGUCAUCAAAUUCAACAGCCAGGACUUUAACUCCUUGCAGGAUUGUUGCCUAAGCAGAAGCCUACCAUUUGAGGAUGAGACAUUCCCUGCAGAGGCUUCUUCCAUAGGUCUGAAGCUGCUCCAGGAAAAAAACCUCUCCAGCCUGAGGUGGAUGCGGCCAAAGUUCUGGCAGUGUGGCCAGUGGGUGGAAGUGGUGGUUGAUGAUCACCUACCUGUCCUGGAUAAGGAGUACCUCUUUGUGCAUCCUCACAACAACAACCAAGAGUUUUGGCCCUGCCUGCUGGAGAAAGCUUAUGCCAAGUUUCAUGGAUCCUAUGCCAACCUGCACUACGGCUUCCUUCCUGCUGCCCUGGUGGACCUCACGGGAGGGGCGGUCACCAGCAUCGACCUGCACUUUCCUUCUGACCUGGUGAUGAUGGUGAAGACAGCAGCCAAGGCAGGCUCCCUGAUGGCCUGUGCCACCCUGGCUGAGCUGACAGGGGAGGCCAGGAGAAUGGAGAACGGCCUGGUCAGUCAGCAUGCCUACACCGUGACUGGGGCUGAGCGGAUUCAGUACGGGAGGAGUUGGGAAGACCUUAUCCGCCUGUGGAACCCCUGGGGCAACACCGAAUGGAGAGGACGCUGGAGUGAUGGGUCUCUGGAAUGGCAGAAAACCCACGGCCAACGAAAGGCAAACCUGUAUGAGAAUAAGGAAGACGGUGAGUUUUGGAUGUCAUGUCAAGAUUUCCAAGACAACUUCUCCUGCCUGUUUAUAUGUAACCAAUUUCCAGUCAGCCUAAACCAAGGAAACAUGCCUCAUGAAAUAUGGUCCCAAAUGAUGUUUAAGAACCAUGCAACUCCAGGAAACACCACAGGUUAUGACAUUGGUCGACCCUCAGGGACUUUCCAGCCCUUCUGGAAGAGGUUGCCACCCACCUUCUUUUCUCAAUUCAGAAAUGCUAUCGAGGGCAUAGUUUUUAAAACCAAGAGCAACCUCACAAAGUACUUCAGUCUGAGCACUGGGACCUACAUGGUGGUCACCUCUGCCCACAGUGAAGCAGUUGGGUUUUUGCUCCGAACCUUCCUGAAAAUGCCAGAUGGUGACAGGAAUCUGGGCAGCAAUUUCAACCUUACAGCACUCCGGACAAGUCUUCCGGAAAAUGGCUCCCAAGAAAGCAUCUUCCACAGAUAUGAUCAACAGGGACUGAACAUGGAUGCCACCCAGCUUCAGAGCCUUCUCAGCCAGGAGCUCCUGAAGGGAACUCCAGGGGACACGUUCUCUUUGGAUGAGUGCCGGAGCAUCGUGGCUCUGAUGGAUCUGAAAGUGAACGGGUGGCUUGAUCAAGAGCAGUUUGCAAGGCUGUGGGGCCGGCUUGUCCACUGCCAGAGUGUUUUCCAGAACACCCAGAAUCGCUCUGGAGUUUUCCUGAGUUUGGAUUUGUGGAAGGCUAUAAAGGAUACAGACUUCCUUGCAGGGACCUCCAUCAGCAAUGAGCUGCUGGAUCUCAUGACCCUCCGGUACAGUGAAAACAGUGGCAGGGUCAGCUUCCCUAGCCUGGUCUGCCUCCUGUUGCGACUUGAAGCCAUGGAGAAGACUUUCCGGAACCUCUCCAAGGAUGGAAAACGACUCUACCUGACAGAAAUGAAGUGGAUGAACCUGGUCAUGUACAACUGA